AUGUCACGGACUGCAACUGGGGUCUAUAUCAAACGUCUCGAAGACCUCCUAUACGACACGAUGCACGAAGUCAUAUAUUUUCCAGCUUGCUCUGCUGCGGAGGAAUGGGAAGAUCUGGUAAACAGAUUCGUUAGUCAAGGGAGCGACUACCCUGAUGUCGCCUGUGCUUCUGACGGAACCAUAAUUCAAACGCGGCUUCCACGUGACCACAUGUCAAUAUGGAACCAAUCGGAAGUCUUGGGACCGCGUGCUCGAUAUAUUUGCCCUGCUAGAAUCAACUGGCUGGCAGACUCGGAAUUCAAGAUGUGGUCAUUUCUAAUGGUGCCAUUUGAUGAGCGGUGUGGCCGGCGAGUGUCAAGGUAG